ACGAGGAGUCCCGGUAUUUAUUCCAAUUCCCACCUUCCCUCAGUCUGCUCUUUCUCUUCACAUCCCGACCAAACAAAUCCCUCGUUGACAAAGUCCUUGUAUCACUUGGAGGCCUCUGUGUGACACCAUCUUCUUCCCCUUGCAUCAACAUCGCCCACCCAACCUGAUAUAAUACCAGCUCAUCUUGUUAGUCGACAUAAUCUACUGAUACACUAGUUCGCCUGUUACCACUCCAGCCCUUAUGCCCGGCAUGUGGUAUCACAUCUCCAACGCCAAUGAGUACCUCGUGGUCACUGGCGCUGGCGUCGACGAUGUACGGAUCGUCAAGAAAGCCUUCGUCUAUCCAUGGCAGCGCGUCGCUCGCAUCUCCGUAUCGCCCUUUGACUUCUCCCUCAACCUGCAGGCCAUGACCAUUGAGAAGCUCCAAUUCGCCCUGCCUGCCGUCUUCACCAUUGGCCCAGAUAACAAGCCUGAAGCCCUCAAGAAGUAUGCGUUGCUCCUCAGCGGGAACCCGGAUGGCACCCCUUCCGCGGGCAAGAAACCGGGCCAGGCCAUUGUGCCGACCCAGAGAGGCCAUGUUCAAGACAUCGUCAAAGGCAUCAUUGAAGGUGAGACCCGGGUCAUCGUCUCAAGCAUGACCAUGGAGGAAAUUUUCAAGGAGCGACAGGUCUUUAAGCAGAAGGUCAUUGAGAAUGUCCAAAAUGAAUUGGACCAGUUUGGCCUGCGAAUCUACAAUGCCAACGUCAAGGAACUUCAAGACACCCCGGGCUCCGAAUACUUUGCCUUCCUCUCCCGCAAAGCCCACGAAGGAGCGUCCAACCAAGCCCGUAUCGAUGUGGCCGAGGCUCGCAUGCGAGGUGAAAUCGGCGAAGCUGGGAAACGUGGUCAUACGAAGCAGGAAAUCUCCAAGAUUGAAGCAGAGACCGCUGUCCUCGAGACCAAGCGGAGAGCCGACAAAGCACAAGCAGAUGCCGAGCUCACAAAUCGGCAGACAGAGUUGGACAUGACCAUUCAGAUCAAUCAGAUCCAAGCUCGGAGAGCCGCCGAGACCCGCGACGCUGAAUUGCAGAAAGAGGUCGAGACGAAGAAGGCAGCUACCGAGCUUGAACGUCUUCGGGCCAAAGACCUCGUCCGUGCCCAGAUCUCAAAGGAAACAACACAGCAAGAGGCUGAUGCCGACCUCUACCGCGCAUCCAAGCAAGCGGAUGCCAGAGCCUACGCCAAAAAGCAGGAUGCCGAUGCUCAGCUGUUCGAGCAGCAACGUCAAAUUCAAGCCAGCGUCGAACGCCAGAUGAAAGAAGCCGAUGCAAUGUAUCAUGCCAAGAUGCGUGAGGCUGAAGCAACCAAAGCACAGGCGGAAGCGUACAGGGAGCUGGCCGAUGCAUUUGGCGGACCACAGGGUCUGCUUCAGUUCAUGAUGCUCAAGGAGAAUACCUACGAGAAGCUCGCCAUGGCCAACGCAAAGGCCAUUCAAGGCCUUCAGCCCAAGAUUACCGUGUGGAACACCGGCAGCGGCGAUGCCAGCGGCGCCAUGGGAGAAGGCAUCGCCCCGAUCAAGAACAUCAUGCAGUCACUGCCUCCGUUGCUCAGUACGAUCCAGGAACAAACCGGCAUGACGCCGCCGAAUUGGAUGGUGCAGAUGCCCAAAGACGUCAACGGACAUCUCAAGCCCGAGGAGCGGCGAAAGAUCUUGAGCCACAGCACCGACGAGAAGAAGGGCUGAGCCAAGCUUACGACAUCUCACGCGGAGACACUCGUAGGAGGUUCAGCAGACAUUGGAUCCGGAGUUGCGAGGCUCGCGGCCACAGGGAUGGAGAAUCCGCUCACUCACUUGCACAAUGCUCUCUCUUUUGUUUAUGGCACAUGGCGCAAUUUGGAGUUAGGCUGGGGGACGGGCGGUGUUUUUGCACUGUAAUGAAGCGCGCUUGUAUCCUAGUCUAUAGGUUGCCUUUGCUUUGCUUUGCUUUUGUCCACAAUUCGCGCGUUGGAAUGUAAUUGUAUAUCAAAUCACACCAAGAAUCUC